GAGAGAGUGGGGGAGAAAGAGGGAGAGAGUGGGGGAGAAAGAGGAAGAGCGUAGAGCAAGUUUGAAGAAGAGUGAGCUGACCCAUACAAAUUUAAGUGAGAGCAACGUUGAUCAAAAUGGACGCAGAGUUUCAGCGAGAGCAACGCUCAUCUUGAGCAUAGAGCAACACUCAUUUUGAGCGAGACGGCUUUUUUUUCAAAUGCUUGGAGUGCAUUUUAUUAAUAAUUUUAGUCGAAUUCAACAUCACGUCGCACGACGUCUCGGGUCCUUUUUAACAUUUUCCCCCCAAUUUAUUAAUCAUUCAUCCACCAUUGGACGCCAAUUUACAUUCAUUUUCGGAACUUGAGGUUGUGGCUGGCAUGGCCAAGGCCAAGGCCAACUAGAAGAGAAGAUCUUGAAGGAAGUAUCGAUCGUAAGUCAAGGAACCAAUGCUUCCCGCCGGAGUAUCACCUAAUCAUCAUACCAUGUCCUGAAUCGAUACAGAAACUCCAAUUAUUAGCACCUUUGCCAUGGUUGAGCUUCCAAAAGUUCUUUCCCCUGCACUGGUUCUGAAGCUUCUCAAAGCAGAGAAAAACCCCAAUGCGGCACUCGCUAUAUUCGACUCGGCCUGUCGGCAUCCUGGUUAUGCUCACUCACCAUUCGUAUUCCACUAUAUUCUACGGCGACUUAUCGACCCGAAGCUCGUUGUUCACGUUGGUCGGAUCGUGGACCUGAUGCGAGCUCAAAGAUGCACCUGCUCCGAAGAUGUUGCACUGACGGCUAUCAAGGCGUAUGCGAAAUGUUCAAUGCCCGAUCAAGCGCUGAAUUUGUUUCAGAACAUGGUUGACAUUUUUGGGUGUGAACCGGGAAUUAGGUCAUUUAAUUCUAUGCUUAAUGCGUUCGUUGAAUCUAAUCAGUGGCGCCGAGCUGAACUCUUUUUCACGUACUUUCGGACGGUGGGCAUGUCGCCCAAUCUUCAGACUUAUAAUAUUCUGAUCAAGAUUUCGUGCAAGAAGAGACAAUUUGAGAAGGCUAAGGGAUUGUUGACAUGGAUGUUCGAGAAUGGUUUGGACCCUGAUGUUUUAAGCUAUGGUACAUUAAUUAAUGCACUUGCGAAGAGUGGUAACAUAUUGGAUGCCGUGGAGCUGUUCGAUGAAAUGUCUGAGAGAGGAGUGAAUCCUGAUGUUAUGUGUUAUAAUAUUCUGAUUGAUGGAUUUUUCAGAAAAGGAGAUUUUCUGAAGGCUAAUGAGAUUUGGAAGAGAUUACUUAGAGAGUCUUCAGUUUAUCCGAGUGUGGAAACAUAUAACAUUAUGAUAAAUGGUUUAUGUAAGCUCGGGAAGUUCGAUGAAAGUAUGGAGAUGUGGAAUAGAAUGAAGAAGAAUGAAAGGUCGCUCGAUUUAUUUACUUUUAGUUCCAUGAUUCACGGCUUGAACAAAGCAGGAAACUUCGACGCAUCCGAGAAAGUUUUUCAGGAGAUGAUUGAAAGUGGAUUAUCCCCUGAUGUGAGAACAUAUAAUGCAAUGCUCAGUGGUCUAUUUCGAGCUGGGAAACUAAGUAAAUGCUUUGAGUUGUGGGACGUAAUGAGUAAAAAUAACUGUUGCAAUAUCGUUAGUUAUAACAUAUUGAUUCAAGGGUUGCUUGACAACAAGAAAGUGGAACAAGCGAUUUGUUAUUGGCAGUUCUUACACGAGAGGGGCUUAAAGGCAGAUUCAACAACAUACGGACUGUUGAUCAACGGGCUGUGUAAAAAUGGAUACUUGAAUAAGGCUUUAAGGAUAUUAGAAGAAGCGGAAAAUGAGGGAGCUGAUUUGGAUACUUAUGCGUAUUCAUCAAUGAUUCAUGGGUUAUGCAAAAAAGGGAGGCUCGAACAAGCCGUAGAACUGAUUCAUCAGAUGAACAAAAAUAAACGUAAACUGAAUUCUCAUGUUUUCAAUUCACUGAUUAAUGGAUAUGUCCGAGCUUUUAAACUUGAAGAGGCUAUUUCUGUUCUUAGGGAAAUGAAAAACAAAGACUGUGCCCCUACUGUAGUCUCCUACAACACUAUUAUUAAUGGAUUGUGUAAGGCAGAAAGAUUUAGCGAUGCAAAUCUUUCACUGCAGGAGAUGCUGGAAGAGGGUUUGAAGCCUGAUAUUAUUACUUAUAGCUUGUUGAUUGAUGGUCUAUGUCGAGGAGAAAAGGUUGACAUGGCACUCAAUUUAUGGAAUCAAUGUAUUAACAAGCGUCUUAAGCCCGAUGUAAAAAUGCACAAUAUAAUAAUUCACGGUCUUUGUACUGCCCAAAAAGUUGAUGUGGCCCUGGAGAUUUUUACUCGAAUGGGGCAGGUCAACUGUGUUCCAGAUCUUGUAACACACAACACCAUCAUGGAAGGUCUUUACAAAGCUGGAGAUUGCGCUGAGGCUUUAAAAAUUUGGGACAGCAUUUUGGAAGCGGGUCUUCAGCCUGAUAUUAUUUCUUAUAACAUUACUUUUAAGGGACUCUGCUCUUGCGCUAGAGUUUCAGAUGCCAUUGAAUUCCUAUAUGAUGCUCUGGAUCGUGGAAUUCUUCCAAAUGCCCCAACAUGGAACAUUCUUGUAAGAGCAGUUGUUGAUGACAACCCUUUAACGGAAUAUGCUCUUAUGACAGAGUCUCUGACGUGAUGUGAUUCUCAUGUGAUGCAGAUCUUGGUUGUUCUUGCUAGGAAAUUAUUAUUUGAUAAUAUGAGAUUCCAUCACAAAACUAAUUGGCAAGGAGAGAGUGCAAAUCCCCUUGGUAUUUCUCCAUGGGAUUCUCAACAUUUUAACAAUUAUUGACGAUAUGUCUUCAACUUGAUCUUCGUUGAAAUGAAUUAUAAACUGUGCCAGAUCUGCUAGUACAUAUGCUUUUAACUAGUAGACCGCACUUUCUUGGCAUACCGAGUACUUCGAAGAUGGCUGGCCAAUGAUGUUCAAGGAUUUCAAAAUUUUCAUUUCCAUUGUGAUAUAUUUCAUAGAGCCAUUCAUUAUUAAUAAUUAUGUCACUAGAAGAAAGACGAUUCUGAUUCAAAUUUAAAAGCUCUUCAAUUAGGCACCAA